AUGAGUGCAAACAAAGGAACCGCAGUUGGUAUCGACCUUGGGACAACAUACUCCUGUGUCGGUAUCUGGCAAAACGACAGAGUUGAGAUCAUUGCAAAUGAUCAGGGCAACAGAACAACGCCAUCGUAUGUUGCCUUCACGGACAGUGAGAGGCUGAUUGGUGAUGCAGCAAAGAACCAGAUUGCAAUGAAUGUGAAGAAUACCGUCUUUGAUGCAAAGAGACUGAUUGGAAGACGAUUCAGUGAUCCAGCAAUACAAGAGGAUAUGAAGCACUGGUCAUUCACUGUUGUCAAUGAUGGCAAUGACAAGCCGUUGAUUCAGGUGGAGUACAAGGGAGAGACAAAGAAGUUCACACCAGAGGAGAUCAGUUCGAUGGUGCUGACGAAGAUGAAGGAGACAGCAGAGGCGUUUGUUGGUGGGAAAGUCAACAACGCAGUCAUCACAUGUCCAGCCUAUUUCAAUGACUCGCAGCGACAGGCAACAAAGGAUGCAGGCACAAUUGCAGGCAUCAAUGUGCUCAGAAUCAUCAAUGAGCCAACAGCAGCAGCAAUAGCAUAUGGACUUGACAAGAAGACAGAGAGAGAAAAGAACGUCUUGAUCUUUGAUCUUGGUGGUGGAACAUUUGAUGUGUCACUUCUUGCUAUUGACGAUGGAGUCUUUGAAGUGAAGGCAACAAACGGCAACACACACCUUGGUGGCGAAGACUUUGAUAACAGAAUGGUCAACCACUUCAUUGCCGAGUUCAAGAGAAAGUACAAGAAAGACAUUUCAGGCAAUGCACGAGCAGUCAGAAGACUCAGAACAUCAUGUGAAAGGGCAAAGCGAACACUGUCAUCUGCAGCAACAGCAAACAUCGAAGUCGACCAGUUGUAUGAAGGAAUCGACUUCUACACAUCAAUCACAAGAGCGCGUUUUGAAGAACUCAACAUCGACCUCUUCAAGUCAACAAUCGCACCAGUCGAGAAGGUGCUUGAAGACGCAAAACUGGACAAAGGGAGCAUUGACGAUGUUGUGCUGAUUGGCGGAUCAACUCGUAUUCCAAAGGUAGUGCAGAUAUUACAAGACUUCUUCAAUGGGAAGGAGAUCAACAAGAGCAUGAAUCCAGAUGAGGCUGUUGCUUAUGGUGCUGCUGUGCAGGCUGCCAUUCUGACUGGAAAUGGUGGAAAGGCAACAGAAGACGUGUUGCUGCUUGACGUUGCGCCGUUGACACUUGGCAUUGAGACAGCGGGCGGUGUGAUGACAGCACUGAUCCCACGAAACUCGACAAUCCCAGCAAAGAAGUCACAGAUCUUCUCAACAUAUGCAGACAACCAGCCAGGCGUGCUCAUCCAAGUCUUUGAAGGCGAGGCAUCCAUGACAUCACACUGCAACCUGCUUGGCAAGUUUGAGUUGAGUGGCAUCCCACCCGCACCACGUGGUGUCCCACAAGUAGAAGUCACAUUUGACAUCGAUGCAAAUGGGAUUCUGAAUGUGUCAGCUGAAGACAAGACAACAGGAAAGAAGAACAAGAUCACAAUCACAAACGACAAGGGAAGACUCUCAAAGGAGCAGAUCGACAAGAUGGUUGCAGACGCAGAGAAGUUCAAGGCGGAGGACGACAAGAUGAAGGAGCUUGUUGAAGCAAAGAAUGGACUUGAGAACUUCUGCUACUCGAUGAAAAACACACUCAACGAGCAAAUUGCAGCAAAGCUCUCACCAGACGACAAGGCAGCAAUUGAAGCAACCAUCAAGGAGACACUCGACUGGCUCGACAAGAACCAAUCGGCAUCAAAGGAUGAAUACACACAGAAACAGAAGGAAGCUGAGGCGAAGAUCCAGCCCAUCUUCACUAAAAUGUAUCAACAGAAUGCAGCAGCCGGUAACAUGCCAGGCGGUAUGCCACAAGGUGGUAUGCCCGGUGCACAACAACAGGGCGCAAAGAAGAGCGACACAAAGGGGCCGAAGAUUGAGGAGGUCGACUGA